AUGUACGAUUGCGACGGUCACGAUUCCACCGGAACAGCAUGUGUCCUUUGCGAAACGGCUGUGCCACCAUUUGGUGAUCCGCCUUUGAUUCUCUCAGGAUUUGAAGGCCCUAUUCUCUCUGGGACAACGACGCCUCAUGAUCAAGGAAGUGCUUUGCACAAAGGCUGCCUCGAAACUAUCCGAAAAAUUUUCCAACGACGUAAGAAAUUCGAUCUCACCCGGAGGUUAUGGCUUCUUCAACGUACCAGGUCACUUUUAUGGCCGAUCAGCUCAAGUACGCGCCACACAUGGGUCAGACAGUUCGCCGGGCGAUCUGUUAAUGAGCUUGUGAGAACAUCCGAGGUUUUAACGGAGCUGGGAUACCACAUGAAACGGCUACCAAAGGAGAUACUCGAGCAUAUCGGGGGAUACUCCCAUCCAAGCUCUUUGACAGGUUUCGCGAUCUUGCGCCAAAAUGCCCUCUUCAUCAAUAUGUGCGAGGUCGACGAGAACCUGUCUCGCAUUAUAAGCCUACCCGACGGAAGGCUCUCUGUAUCGUUUCGCAGAAUCUUUCAGCACACUUAUGUCGCUGAUGUCGCGCCAGUCGAGGCUCGUCCAAAUGAUACCACAGGCUUCCUUCUUUGCACCGAUGGUAUAGCUUGUCAAGAUGUCAAGCGUGCAGACCGUAUACGUUACCGGGAAGGCCAAUGGUAUAGACACGUUCGUGCGACUGGCGGUGACAAACUCCUCCUCGUGUACAAGGGCAUCUGCCUUCAGGACAUCCUCAACCUUCGCCUUUACCAAGAAUCCUACCUAUACGAUCAAACGAAACUACCAACUUUACAAUCGGAACACUGCUUUGGUCUCCCUGCAACAGAUCUUUCUUUGGAUCAGCUAAUCGAAAACCCAAUACGCUUAAGACAAACAUGCCUAGAGGGCAAUCCUUUUGGGAUCAUUGUAGCUUGUUUAGGGUCCACGAUAAUCGCGCUUCGCGCUCAUCACGGAGCAUCCAACGACUUGGAUGUAUACAAAAGGAUCGAUGAGAUGCCCUCGGGAAAGAGGCUCUUGACUUCAUACGGACGAGUGUUCCGUUGUGGACAUUACAUAACACCGGCAAAGCUUGAGCAAUAUCGUUACUGUACUCUCGUUAACGACGAAAGCUUGUACGUUUCCGAGAUUUAUCUCGCGGACAGCUAUGGUGUUAGUAGGACCUUGCGUGCGGGUGCGGUAUGUCAGCAAAUUCAUCGGGAUAGCUCCAGGACUGCAAUGAACCUUUGGAAUAUCGUGGAGUCACCCACCUCUAUACCCAAAGCUGUUGGACAUGGCCAUCGCUACUUUGGAAGAGUCAACGCCUCACUGUUCUCUAGUUUUAGUAUUUGCGUUGAAGAAGGAGAUGUGUCAUCCUGUCUAGGCAUACGAUUCCAUGGAAAUAUCGAGCCAACAGUAAUUGGGCAAUGGCGACUGGACAGGGCCAUGAUUUCUGGCGACCUCCCUACAACUAUCGGCUUGUGCAAUAAUAUGCACUACGGGAAAAGUUUCGUUGCGAUCACUCGCAUAUCGCAAGCUUCUGAAUCGAUUAGCUUGGCAGGUAUACUGGAAUGGUGGAUAGGUCCCAAGGGUAGUGAGAUUGUGCGCAACUAA